UAUCGUGUAGUCAAAGAGAAGAAAACAUCAGCCAAUCAGGAAGCACGUUUCCUUUUAAAAGACAGCCGGGAAACUCGCAACCAAAACAAACGUCAUUUUGUACUGGUAUUUUACAAACGCUUGAAAAACGCUAAACAGAGAAAACGCUAUGAACAUGGACACGAUGCUUUUCGUAGAUCAGGAGAAUGGCAGACUGACAACUCCUGCCAUCAAAUCUCGCCAGAAAAGACUGCACUCUGCUCCAGAUCAGUGCAUGAGAACACCUCUGACAGGAAAGACACAUCUCUGUACUCCCCUGCAAUCAAACCGGACCGCUUUAGGUGCUGUAAAUAAGAUUCUUACCACUUCAGCAACUUCUAAAAAAGUAGAGGAGAAAGCUAAACCUGCUGAAAAAACUAAGUGCAGUGUGCCAUCUCAGUCUGCAGAUGCGGAAUACCCGGAGAUUGAGAAGUUCUUCCCAUACAAUCCAAGCGAGUUUGAGACGUACAGUGUUCCUGAUGAAGUCUGCCUCAGUCGUUUUUCUCUGGCUGGUCUGGCAAAACGGCCAUGGCCACCAGCCCCACCUGUGGAACAGUUGCUUGUGCUGGAUCCAUGUUUGCCAUUAUCACCUUUAAAGAUGCCCAAAGAAACGGAAUACGUUGAUGAAAUGAAGGCUUUCCUACAGACGAUUGAAGAGCUGACCAUUGACUUGCCACCUGAACCUGAAUUCUAAAUGCAUUUUGUGUGACUUUUUUUUUUUAAAACGUUUUAAUAAAGGUUUUGUUGUUUUAAA